AUGCAAUUGCUGUUAUUCUUACUGUCUAUUGGUGGUGUAUUUUGCGCCACAGCCUACGAUCCUUAUUAUCCUUAUGGCAGCAAUAAUCAGAAUGUGAAUAAUCAAAUCACUACAUUGGAUGGGAUUUUGGCGAGAGCUUCACCGCAAGCUAUCAGAGCCUAUACCCAAAUUGUGCAGAAUUUCUCACAAUCACUUAAUGAUGUCAAGAUCGCUCUUGAAAGCUGGUCUAGGACGUACGGACUUGAGAAACAGUCGAUAAUGAACGCUUUCAACAAGACAGCAGCGCUGACGAGUACAUUCGAUGAAAAGCAGAAAGCCAUCAUCGAGCUUAUUCUGAAGACUUAUCUUCCAUCAUUGAACUCUGGUUCCAAUAAUCAAGGUAUCCCAGUAAACAAUGGCGGUUACCCUGGAAGCAACUCAGGAUCCCCAAUAAAUGGUGGAGGCAUCCCAAACAACAAUGGCGGCUAUCCAGGAAGCAAUACAGGAUACCCAACAUAUGGUGGUGUAGCCAACCCAGGUUAUCCUGGAUACCCAACCAACUACGGCGGUUACCCAGUAAACAACGGCGCCAUCCAAGGAGGAAAUGGUGGAUAUCCAAGCAACAAUGGA